AUGGUCUCGACGCGUUUGACAUUCGACCCCUUACAUGCUACUUUCGCCGCGAAAUGCCUUGGCGUUGAUUUCGCACAAGCAUUGCCAGCCAAAACAGUGGAAGAGAUCCGUUGUGGAUUGGCCACAUACGGCGUGCUCGUUUUUCGUCACGCCCAGCUUGAUGAUGCACGACAUGUUGCCUUUGCGGCUCAACUAGGCGAGCUUGAUGAUUCAACGCCGUACAUCAAAGCGGGCCGCAAGCACCGCCUGGCGCCAUAUACUGAGUUGUUCGAUGUGAGCAACCUAGAUGAUGAUGGCAAUAUCGUAUCGACCGACAGCUUGCGCUUCCAGCUUGGUCUGGGCAACGGACUUUUCCACGUCGAUUCGGCAUUCAACCCUCGCCGCGCCGGAUAUUCCGUUCUCAGAGCUCAUGAGCUCCCUCCGAAGGGUACCGGUGGCGCAACUGCUUUCGCAGAUACACGGACAGCAUACGCGGAUCUUGAUGAGGUCACUAAAGGGAGAAUCAAGGACCAUGUGGUCAGUCAUUCUUUGUGGCACAGUCGACGCUUGGCAGCGCCCGAUUGUGAGUUUCUUCAGGGUAUGAAACCCGAGGAACAUUUCAUGGCACGUCAUCGUCUUGUGCAGACGCACGAGGCUAGCGGUCGAACGAAUUUGUAUAUUGCUCACCAUGCCCAUCAUAUCGAUGGGUUGUCACAAGAUGUCGGCCAAGAGGUCAUUCGGAAUUUGCUAAGCCAUGCAACGCAAGAGAAGUACACAAUCGAAGUUGAGUGGGAGAGCAAUGGAGAUAUCAUCAUAUGGGAUAAUACGUGUGUCAUGCACGCUGCUCGUCGCGGAGCCUUUGAGGGCAAAUACGUACGUGAUAUGCGAAGAGCAACGGUUCACGAUCAGUCCUCUACAGCCUGGGGUCUCAAUGAGCGUACGGACUAUCGUGCCGGAAUGCCAUAG